AUGAAUACUCCAACAACAAUGACAACAACAACAAUAAAACCAACACCAACAACACUACCAACAACACCAACAACACUACCAACAACAACAACAACACUACCAACAACACCACCAACAACACCAACAACACUACCAACAACACCAACAACACUACCAACAACAACAACAACAACACUACCAACAACAACAACAACACUACCAACAACAACAACAACAACACUACCAACAACAACAACAACACUACCAACAACACUACCAACAACAACAACAACAACACCAACAACACUACCAACAACAACAACAACACCGACAACAACAACACCGACAACAACAACAGCAAUAACAACAACAAUGACAGCGACUACUACUACUACUACCACUACUCAAGGAAAGAUAAUUCAAUUAAACUGUAAUAAUGAUAACGAAAUAUUAUCAUUUACUCAUUCCAGUGAUAAUUAUAUCCAAUCAAUGAAUGAUAAGGAUGUAAAUGAAAUUGUUAAAAGUAAUGAAAGUCAAUUUGUGAUACUAUCAAGAAAUUUACAAUUAUCAGAUGAUAGUAGCAAUAUCAAAACUUAUCAAUUUACUGAUAAAAUAAAUUCAUCACAUAUUGAACCAUUAAAUAUUAAUUCAUCAUAUACAAUGGAAAAAUUGGAUGAAAAACGAGAAAAUGAAAGAGUUUAUGAAUAUUUGUUACGAUUAAAUGAAGUAAGAAAUUGGUUGAAAGAAUGCCUUCAAUUAGAUAAUAUUGCAAAUGAAAUGGAAUUUGAGCAUAAUUUAUCCAACGGUGUAUUGCUAGCUCGUCUUGCUCAUACAUUUGCGCCACAUAUUGUACCAUUGUCAAAAAUUUUUGACAUUGAUCAGAAUUAUUUCAAUACAAAUGGACAAAUUUGCUGUUAUCGACACACUGAUAAUAUUAGUUUAUGGAAAGAUGCAAUAAGAAGUAUUCAUUUUCCCGAGGUUUUAAUUCCGGAUACUGUAGAUAUUUAUGAAGGUCGUAAUAUAAAAACAGUAUUUAGCUUAUUUGCGCUUGCUAAAUAUUUACAUCGAAUGCAUCGUGGACCAUCUAUUCGACGUGAAGAAAACGUUGAAUUUUCACGUAAGUUUGUACUAUUCGAAAUAUUGUAA